CCAGCACCAUAGGGGUUGCGCAAUGGAGUACCCGUACCUUGCCUUGUUCCACGAAGUUCAUCGGCUUAUCAGAUCUGGCCCGGUCUUAUCAGAUUUGACAGGCCCCGAAGAAGUGACCACCGCCGCCGAAGGAGGCCGAGAGCACUUUCGCAGACUCAUCGCCAGCUUUGCGUUCUCGAAGGUACUCAUCCUCACAUAUCAAGGUGUAAUCCUGGUGAUUGUACUCCUAGCUGCCGCUUGGAGAUGGUACCAGAGAAGCAGUCGGUCACGGAGGAAGGGACAACGGCGCGAGCAUGGCCUACAGCAAUAUGGAUGUGCUGGCAGCAGAUGCACAGGUGACAAUGUUGAGAUUGAAGAGACGAGUGAGAGGAUCGCCGGUGCUGGCACGGAGACAUACGCUGCACGUGCUGCUUCUCAGGCUCAGCGAUGUGCAGAGGGUUGGUCAAGUAACUCUUCUGCGAGCACGCGUGUGGGCUCUCCCAGCAGUAGCAGUAGGACUGGCAAUUCCACUCCUCCUGCCAUAGCCGUGAAAGAGGAAGAUGACAUCGGAGUUCUGAGCCCUCUUCUGGCGCGUGCAGAUCGCUCGUCCCGUACGACCCCCAGAGACACCUCACGCAUGUUCAAACCAUGGAGCUGGCUGCGAGCAGCAUUGAUGUAUCAACCCCAGCCACUGCCUCUCCUACGACGAGUUCUACCAAACAACAGCACAACCCUCAUGGUACUCUUCCUUCUCGGCUUGAAUCUCUUCUAUCUCCUCUACAAGAUUGACUUUAGACACCUCUCCUCAAUCGACAUCGUCAGUGAUCGAGCUGGACUCAUGUUCGUAGCCAACCUCCCAUGGCUCUACCUCCUGGCCGCAAAGAACCAGCCCCUCAAAAAGCUCACAGGCGACAGUUACGAAAACUUGAAUCUCUACCAUCGCCGCCAAGGCGAGUUCAUGUGCUUUCUCGCAGUAGUGCACUUUGGUGGCAUGCUGAGCGCUUGGUACAACUUCCUGCGACCAGAGCCAUUCAACUUUAGUCUCUGGGACUUUUUAACCAUUCAUCUUGUCCUUUGGGGUAUUGGAGCUUGGUUUGCGUACGAAGUGCUGUAUCUGACGAGUCUGAGCUCAUUUCGGGAGCGGUGUUACGAGCUGUUCUUGGCCUCACAUAUCGUACUGCAGGUUGUGGGCUUAGGAACGCUCUGGAUGCAUCAUCCCCAUUGUUCGCCAUAUGUGGCUUCUGCACUUUUGAUAUUCGUUGCGGAUAGGAUCGUUUGGAGACUGGGUCUCAAGUCGUUCAGCUUGAGAGCAGAUCUGCAGGUCAUGGAAGAUGGAGAAACAGUCAAGGUCUCUGCGAACUGGCCUGUUAAGUCGAGCACUGGUAUGUCUGGCUUUGCGAAGCGCCUUUUCGCAAGGGAUAUGCAGCAUGGAUGGGAACCCACUCAUCAUGUUUUUCUGACGGUCCCUGCAUUGGGCACGAAACAUGGUUUGCAGUCGCACCCUAUGACUAUCGCCAGCGCAGCGCCAACACUUGGAGAAGACCGAAGCGGCAAUGCAUGGUUCAACCUGAUCAUCCGAGCGAAGGGUGGCUUCUCUCGCGACCUACUCAAUCAUGCUCGAGUACACGGUGAUGCUCAAAUUCGACUCGACGGACCUUAUGGCUCGCUGCACGCGCUUGAGAUGCUGCGAGCCAGCGAUAUAGCUAUGAUAGUGGCUGGUGGUAGUGGUAUUGCAGUAGCUUAUCCCAUGCUUUGGGAUCUGUUGCAUCGGAGAGAUGAGCGUGGUCAAAAGGUCUGUCUGAUCUGGAUCGUGCAGGAUGCCAGUCACGUCUCCUGGAUCGGCAACGAACGCCUCGAUGAGUUGCGAGACUUGGGAUGCCACGUUAUCAUGCCGCCCCCCAGUCGGAAAUCUGGGCGGCCCGAUGUCAAAGCAUUGCUCAGAGACACUGUUGACGAGCUGUCUGCAGAAGUGAGAGAUCAAAUCGGUGUGGUGGUAUCAGGACCCGAUGGCAUGAAUCGUGAUGCCAACAAUGCAUGUGCAAGACUUGUGGCGCAAGGGAGGAACGUUGAAAUCGCCGUUGAGAAGUUCGGAUGGUGAGGGCAGUCAGGCUCGAAGGUACAUCUAUCGAUGAUUUAUGAGUGCUAUGACAGGUACCUGGGAGUAAAUUUUUCUGCGAAUUCUCGUGGCGUACCGUAGACACACAGGGUAUAAUAGGUACAUACAGAUUACAACACAGGACACGAUUCAACAUGCUCUGCACCUCAUGUGCAAAUUUGGAAGGCCCCCGCCAGGCAUCGCUCCAUUGAAUAGAAUGUCGUUUUAUAUCCACAACCUGCCGUGGAGUAGUACUACACAACAAGUAAUGUUCUGACGAGGUCUCUUUGCUGCUGAGCCUUCAAUUGUCACACAAUGUACAGUUCUCACUUGAGUGGAGCAUGUGGUCCGCAUGCUCAUAAUAUCGCUCAAUGCGCGUCGGCGGUGCACCUGAGAGGCCAUCUACGUGCUCUCUCUCUCUCUCUCUCUCUCUCUCUCUCUCUCUCUCUCUCUCU